AUGAGAGAAAUCAUCUCCUUGCACAUUGGUCAAGCCGGUAUCCAAGUCGGUGAACAAGUCUGGUCCCUCAUGUGUGCCGAACACGGAAUCAAUCACGAUGGCACUCGUGUUGCCAAUUCAUCCUUGAGUAACCACGACUGCUCUGUUCUCUUCAACGAAGCCUCCAGUGGAAAACUCGUUCCAAGAAGUUUGAUGGUCGAUUUGGAACCAUCAGUGAUUGACUCUGUUCGCAAUUCUUCCUUCAAACAAUUGUACAAUCCUGCUCAACUCGUUUCUGGAAAGGAAGAUUGUUCUAACAACUUUGCUAGAGGUCACUACACUGUUGGUAAAGACAUGUUGGAUGUUACCAUUGAUCGAUUGAGAAAGAUUGCUGACAGCUGUACCUCUUUGCAAGGUUUUCAAAUUUUCCACUCUGUUGGAGGUGGUACUGGUUCUGGUUUUGCUUCCUUGCUCGUUGAGAGAUUGAGUGUUGAAUUUCCUAAAAAGACCAAACUCUCUUACACCAUUUAUCCUUCACCUCAAUUAUCCACUUCUGUGGUUGAACCUUACAAUUCUGUUCUCUCAACUCAUUCAUUGUUAGAGAAUAAUGACAUUUCUGUCGUUUUGGACAAUCAAGCAAUUUAUGAUAUUUGCAAACAACGUUUAAAGAUUGAGAGAGCCAACUAUCGAAAUUUGAAUCAUGUCAUUUCUCAAACUGUCUCAGCCUUGAGUUGUUCUUUACGUUUCUCUGGAUCUCUCAAUGUUGACAUGAAUGAGUAUCAUACCAAUUUGGUUCCAUAUCCAAGAAUUCACUUCAUGUUGUCUUCAUUGGCUCCAAUGAUUUCUCGUCAAGAACAUCAUUACUAUGAAAAUACUGUUGGAGAAUUGACUUCAAGUGUCUUUGAAGUGGACAACAUGAUGGCCAAAUGUGAUCCUCGAAGUGGUAAAUAUAUUGCCAGUUGCUUGAUGUAUCGUGGAGAUGUAGUCAAUAAGGAAGUCACUGAUGCUGUCAAGAAUGUAAGAAAUAAGGCUGGAAUUCAAUUUGUCGAUUGGAGUCCAUGUGCCUUCAAGAUUGGUGUCAAUUCACAAAAACCAACAGCUUUGGAAGAUUCAUGCUUGGCUCAAGUCGAUCGUUCAUGUGCCAUGGUUUCUAACAACACUGCCAUCUCUCAAGUCUUUGCUCGUAUGAAUGACAAGUUUGAUUUGUUGUUUGCAAAGAGAGCGUAUGUGCAUCACUUUGUUUCCGAAGGAAUGGAAGAAGGUGAAUUCAAUGAAGCACGUGAAGAUUUGGCUGCUUUGGAAAAGGAUUAUCAAGAAUUGAAUAAGGAUAGUGUGGAUGAAGAUUCCAUGUUGGAUGAAGGUGAAGAAUUGAAUCAAUAA